AUGGGCCCUGGGGUCCCUCCUGACGGCCUUCCUCCUCCUCCUCUCCUCCUCCUGGCAGCCCAUUUCCUGUACCAGGGGAAGGCCGAGUGCCUCUUCCUCAACGGGACGCAGCGGGUGCGGUACCUAGAGAGGCACUCCUACGACCGGCAGGAGUUCCUCCGCUUCGACAGCGACCUCGGGAAAUUCGUGGCCGUCACGGCGUUGGGGGAGGCGGAUGCGGACUAUUGGAACGGAGACAAGCAGAUCAUGCAGUACCAGAAGGCCGAAGUGGAUCGUUUCUGCCGAUACAACUACGAGGUGUACAACUACGAGGCGGCCAAGAGGGAGGAGCGAGUGAUCGGCCGGAGAGCCAAGCCCACUGUCACCAUCUCCCCCACCAAGAUGGAUCCCGCUUCCCCCAACACCAUCCUCCUCUGCAUUGCCAUGGGCUUUUACCCCUUGGAGAUUGAGAUCCAGUGGCUGAAGAACGGGAAGCUGGAGGAGGAGGGCGUGGCCUUUGGGGAGGAGCUCCAGAAUGGAGACUGGACCUACCAGCUCCAGG